CACAGGCCGACUUCGUAAACAGAAUGCUUUGCAGGGGUUAAUUGGUUGGUUAUGACAUGAUCCAGGCGUCUGUCUAAAAGGGAAAAUUGCAGCCGCUCAAAAUGAAGGGUCUUUACCUCGUGGAGCCCGUGGUUGCACUGUAUGCUUUCUCCAGUUUUCUCAUCUACCCUCUUGUGCAGCAGUAUGUGUACAGGAGGCUCUGGCAGGAGCUGACAAACACCACCUACCCCAUCUCUGACAACUCCUCCAGAUGUGUAGGAAACGCCAGCAACCAGUCCAGCUACUUUGAGGAGGUACAGAGACAUGCAUCUCUCUUCUCCCUUUACUCAGACCUCCUAUCCACAAUCCCCUCUUUGAUCGUCACCCUAAUGCUUGUGGCUUAUAGUGACCGGGGAGGACGCAAGAUUACAAUCAUCAUGCCGCUGAUUGGCUCGUUAAUCUACGCAUUGUCCUUCCUGACAGUGUCCUACUUCGAGCUCAACAUAUACCUGCUCGUCGGCUCCUCGCUUCUCAAUUCUCUGUUUGGCGGCUUGGGGACGUUCCUGGGCGGCGUUUUCGCCUACAUAGCAGACUUGUGUGAGGAUGAUCGGCAGAAGACGCUGCGCAUUGCUGGAGUGGACAUGAUGAUUGGCCUGUUGUCUGGGGUGGCUUCAAUAUCAACAGGCUACUUUUUGAGAGCUGCAGGCUUUAACUGGCCUUUCCUAACCGCUGCACUUUGUCAGUGUGUGAUCCUGCUCUAUGCAAUUUUCAUCCUAGAAGAGACUGUGAAGCAAGCUCCUACUGAUGCCAUUAUUCUAGAUGGGUCUCCUCAGAGCUCAGCCAUGAAACAGAUGCUCUAUGGAGUCUACCAGAUGUUUGCAGGGACUAGCCAAAGGUGUAAAACUGUCCUGGUCCUCCUGAUGCUCAUCUUCACCAGCUUCUCUUUCGCCUGGGGUGGAUUCUCCUUGUUGGUGCUAUAUGAGCUGGAUGAGCCACUGUGCUGGACUGAGAUUUUGAUUGGCUACGGCUCAGCACUGUCCACCGCUGUGUUCUUUGUCAGCUUCGUGGGAGUGUCAGUAUUCACAUGCUGCGGUGUGCCACAGCUGCUCAUUAUCCUGCUGGGGAUCCUCUCCGUUGUAUCAGGCAUGGUCCUGCUGCCAUUUGUGAAGACCACGCUACUGAUGUUUUUAGUGAGGCUGCCAAUGCUACUGGCUAUAAUGCCUUUCCCCGUUCUGCGCUCCAUGAUGUCAAAGAUCAUCCCAAAAUCUGAACAGGGAGCCCUGUUUGCCUUUCUUUCCUUCCUGGAGAGUUUAACUGGGAAUGUAUCGAGCGCUGUCUUCAACAGCGUCUAUGCUGCUACAGUGGCAUGGUACCCCGGCUUCGCCUUCCUGUUGUCUGCAGGACUCUGUGCCAUCCCCUUGUUUGUUCUAGGGGUGGUGGGUGUGAUCGGAGUGGAUGUUGCUGAAGAGGACAGAAAGCCAGACCUUGUCGUCCCAGUUGAGGAGGAUCAUGUUGAAGAUCAAAACGACAACAGUCCUCUUCUUCUCAACUGAGCCACGUGGACUGCCAAAGCCUUACCAGCACAUAUUUUUCUUUGAAGUCAUUAAUUCUAAGACACUUUUAUUCUCCUGAGUACCUCAGUGACUCUUCUUUUAAGUUUCAAGCUAAUAAUGCAGUUUUCAGAUUCAUCUCUCAUGUCUUAUUGCUGUGGUAGUUUGUACUAUUGAACUUGAAUGAUAUAAAGAUACAACAGGGAAUUGUAGGCAAACAGGUUCAGAAACAGUGGAUCUGUUUUUUCUUUUUUUUUACAAGAACCUUGUUGAGAUAGUUACAUGUUAAACUGGUAGCAUUAAUAAGAUAUAAAUCAGGGAUGGGCUGUUAACUUAACAAUCUCAGAGGUCUUCCAUGAAGAAUGGUAAGAAUCCUCACACAUUAUUUCUACCUCCAUAAGAACAAAACAGUCCAGAUUACUGAUAAUGAAAGUCCAUGGUACUGAUUGGCAGUCUGAAUUAUGGUUUAAAAUACAUUGAGGACAUCUGUUCAAUUGGAACCAAUCAAGAGGUCAUGUGACAUGGGUCUCAUGUCAUGUUAAUACUGCCCACUUGAAGAAACAACUUGCUGGACAUGACUGAAAAUAACAGAUAAAAUGUAAAUAUGAACCAUAGCAAACCCACACAUAUUAAAGCAGAAAAGAAAUAUACAAUAACAAAUAAGUAAAUCAAGGACAAUCUGACAGAAGAAUACAAUAAUGCGGAUAAAUGGCAACCUCACAGGGCCCUACAUCAUGAAACUACUCAGAAUGGAUAGCCCUCAAUAAUUCAUAUACAAAGACAUAACAAUAUAAAACACUCAGAGGAAGGUAUAAUUAUGGCAUACAGAGACAAAAAAACUGCCCUUACAUGAAAUAUCACAGGUCAAAACUGUAUCAUGUAGUAUUACAAUAUAGUGUAGCAGCACAGUGUUUCUUGUGAAACUAAGCAGAAAAAGCAUAAAUGCAACAUGCUUGCUCAACAACAUAAUAAAAUGUUACAGGAUGGGGGUAAAGUCAAACUGAUUUAAUGUUUUCAUACAGUUUUGGAGUGUGGUAUGACUUGCAAUUUUAAAAUAUCUGUUUUCAGACUUUCAGUUAGGUAAACUGAUUCAGAUCUGUACCAUGUUUUGCCUCUUUUUUAGUGUAAUGUUAGCUUUACAAAGAGCUCUACUGUCACUUGUUUCCAUGACUAAAUUUCAUGCAACACACCAAAUGUGCAAUACAACACAAACCUAUUUUACUAUGUAAAGUUUCUUAAAUCUUCAAAAAUAAUCUACAAUUUAGAUGCAUUUUUUUCCAAAUCCCACAUUAAGCAUUAUGAGUAAACAAAUAUUUAAGUAUACAUUGUGAUUGUAUAAGGAAUGUCAAGGAACCCCCAGAAGGUGGAAGGAGUUUUUACAGAGAAUAGGAGAUUUUUAUGGUUGUCCUCUGGUCAUAAUGUUUGGUUAUUUAAGAGAUUAUAAGACAGGAAAAGACCCCAAAAACUGUAUUAUGAUGGGAAAAGCAUAUUUAUUUAAAACAACAAUUUAUCAGUGGGUUUUCUGAGCCAGGAUGAAGGAUGGAGUUAAAUAUAACAUGACAAAUGAUGCUGGUUUAUCAACCACCUUGUGCCACAAAGUCAUUUCAGGAAUGGUUUUAGGUUGACCACCCAGGUAUGACUGGAAAUGCAGGGAUGUAGUUAGUGUUUUUGCCCUUUUUUUAAAAUGUUAUUUUCAAGUGCAAAUAAUUGAGGAAAUCUAAUGCCAAAGUUUUUGUUAUUUUGUGUGUUUUUCACCUGUGGUACCUACUUAUGUGCUCAUUUUCUUUUAUAUGUGUUUAUGUCUUUGUGUAGGUACAGUGUAAAAUAAAAAAAAAGAAAAAGAAA